GGAAAAAAUAGCCCUCUCCAUCCAUCACUUUGUGAAGCAUAGGACAACACACUCAUCAUGCCACCAAAAAAGGCCAACACCGAGAAGAAAAAGCUUGUGGAGGACAAGACCUUCGGCCUUAAAAACAAGAAUAGGUCGGCCAAGGUCUCGCGCUAUGUCGAGACUGUCAAAAACCAGGCAGCACAGGCUGGUCAGUCCAGAAAGGAUAUGAUUGAUAAGGAGCGCGAAAAGCAGGCGAUUGUCGAUCGUAAACGUGCUGAACAGGCGAAGAAGGAGGAGCUCAAUGACCUCUUCAAGCCCGUACAGGUUCAGCAGAAGGUGCCUUUCGGUGUCAACCCUAAGACUGUCCUUUGUGCGUUCUUCAAGGCAGGAACAUGUACAAAGGGCGACAAAUGCAAAUUCUCCCAUGACCCCAACGUCGAGCGCAAGACAGCCAAGAGGGACUUGUAUACGGACAACCGUGAUGACGAAAAGAAGAAUGAUACAAUGGAGACGUGGGACCAAUCGAAGCUGGAAUCCGUUGUCAAUUCGAAAUCAAAGGGCAUCACUAAUGCAACGACCACCGACAUUGUGUGCAAGUACUUUUUGGAGGCUAUCGAAAAUCAAAAAUAUGGCUGGUUCUGGGAUUGCCCGAAUGGAGGAACCCAAUGCAAAUAUCGCCAUGCUCUUCCGCCUGGCUUCAUUUUGAAAACUAAGGCGGAGCUCCGAGCGGAGGCCAACAAGGAAGUUAUUUCAAUUGAGGACUUUUUAGAGACAGAGCGACACAAGCUGGGCAAGAAUCUGACACCCGUGACUGUGGAGAGUUUUGCGGCCUGGAAGAAGAUGCGUGCGGAUCGCGUAGAGCAGGAAGAGCAGGCGAAGCGCAAGGCCAAGGAGGCUGCCUACAAGGCUGGAAAGAUGUUGCAGUUCUCUGGAAGGGAAUUGUUCGACUUCAACCCUGAGAUUGCUGGAGAGGAUGAGGAGGACGAUGGCGAUGAUGUGUUCGAUUUCUCAAAGUAUACGAUGAACAUGGAUGAUACGGAGUCCCCUGAGGAGCUGGAGGCGCGCAUUACACGAGAUAUGGCCAAGGUUCAUGUGGAUAACGAGCUCUUUGCAGGCGAGGAGGAUGUGCAGGUCAGCGAUGACGAUGAGUAAUAAAAUGUGGAGGGGAUGUAGUGCAACGAUCAAAUAUAACCAGAAAUAUGCGGGAAUAAAAGGUGAUGAAAUGUCGAUUCGACAGCAAACGACACCCAGG